AAAUUAAAAAUGCGAUUGAUGGUCGACAGGGUUUUUGUGUCAUUCAAGACAAGCUCAAAUGAUCCAAUCAUGGACAGGGAUCUGGCUGAUGAUAACAAGUUACCAGAAAAACUGGAUGCUGAUGGCAAUACUCAAGAUAUGUUGAGAUAUGUUUCUGCUAAAAUAAAACAUGCCUUGUGAUGUUGACUUUUGCUGUUCUUACGACAAAUAUAAGUGAUUUUGAGACCUUCUUGAGUAAAAAUGCUAAUAUAGAGAAGAUUGUUGUAGACAGCCUUCCUUAUAGCAAUAAAGUAGCUAUAUUUGAUAGGAACGAGCUCCUGAACGACCCACAGAAGAUACAACAAGUGCAGAACGGAUUUUGAGCAAAGGUCAAAAUAGGGCGAUUUCUCAACACUGUAUUAUAAAGAUUAUAGUCAGUAAUCAGAAUGAUAUAGUUACUCUUAUCUACCAAAAUAAAGAUAUCGCUG